AUGACGCAGCACGGCAUAGUCCAGUUUGACGACAUCAGGACCGAUUCUCCGUCGGACCUUGAUGCUGUUGUACCUCAAAUGGCACGAAUUGAGAGCUGGCGCAAUCCUCAUUUGGCUGUCGUGGGCAAUAUCAAACAAUUCGUGACGACCGAACAGAUGGUUCAGAUGAUGGAGCAAGUCUCAGGAAGCCCGCUUAAGGAUCCGCUGCAAGCAUUCCGACAAGCGUCUCUUGUUUGUGGACGCGGCCAGGUCAUCCAUGGUGGGCCUCUGCAGAAUCAGGCUAUCUGGCCUAGCCACAGCUCCCGAUAUGGGCUUCUCUCCAGUUGGAAUGCAUUGCUCAUGCUUUUCAAGAAAGCCUUUGGGAGGGCACAACGAGUCACAAUUUCGGGCAAAACUUCGACCAAAUGGAGUGCGAUGCACGGAGAUGCUAGGCAGCAGCAGAAGGGCAGAAAUUUAACAAGUUCACCUGAGGCGAAGCUGAAAAAUAUGUUUAAUUGA